AUGCCAGAACCAUUCGAAUAUAGCCCUUUGCCAGGACCAACAUUCACCCGCUUGGUAUCCUUGGUGGCUCAGGAUGAUGCCAGCCGUCUUCCUUCUCAGGGUGAGCCGCUGCUCCAGCUAUCGCUGUGCACGGUGGACCUGCAGGAUGCCCCGCAGUAUGAGGCUCUGUCAUACACCUGGGGCUCGCCAUUCCCUCAAAAGGACGUAAGAUCAAGAUCUUACGACGAAAAGAACGACAAACGGCAAGUACUAGUCAAUGGUCGCGUUCAUGAGAUUAGACGGAAUCUCUGGGAGUUCUUACAUCAACAGCAGCAGGCAAAUGCCGAUAUCAUGGAAGAGGCUGCCGAAAUGCUUGCCUCGGGAUUAGACACUUAUGGGCGGACUCCAUUAAUGCGCGCUGUCAUCGAUAGAAGAUUCGAUCUGACAGAGGCCUUGCUUGCGCUGGGCGCCGAGAUAGGCGCACAAGACAGGCAGGGAAAGACGGCACUCCAUUACGCUGUUCCAAGUAACUUGAAUAUUGAACUCGCAGAGCUACUGGUCUAUCAUGGCGCGGACAUCUCUGCGCGGACACGAGAAGGGAAAACGCCACUGGACCACGCAAUGGACGAGGUGGCUGCGCUGAUGAAGUCCGUCAGCAAAGACCUUGGCCGAAAGCCCUGGCCGAACGGCCUGCGACUGUCAGCACAGAGGCCUAUGUGGAUUGAUGCUAUUUCGAUCAAUCAGGAGGACCUAGCUGAGCGCAAUACCCAAGUCGCUCUGAUGUCGAAUAUAUACAGCAAUGCCAUUUCUGUUGUUGUAUGGCUCGGCGUGGAGGACGAGCGCAUCCAUCUUGGGCUGGAACCCCUUGAAAGGGAUCCCCAGCCCUGGUUAUCCUAUACUUCAAUGAGAGAUGUGGGGCUCACAGGCUUUGGACUAGGAGCGCUCGCGCGCUCAGACUGCGAUACUAAAGAUAUACUAGAUAUUCUGGCUAUUGAGAAGCUUAUGGAAAGGACGUGGUGGUCCCGAACCUGGGUUAUCCAGGAGCUGGCGCUGGCGAAGCGUACUCUGUUCGUUUGUGGCUCAAUCACAACUCAACACAUAAAGACUGCUUUCCUGCUACUCUUGCUGUGCUAUCUUCCUUCUCCAGGGGUACCCAGGCAAAAUAUGAUCUCCAUUACAGAUAUUAUGGCUAUCUUUGAGAGUGUACGGCUUUCAGGAGUGCACGGCAUCGAAGCACUUAUGCUUGCCAAUAUCUGUUGCAGAAGCUCUGCAUACGCAGGGGUGCGGGAACUCCUCUUGAAGAGCUUGUUAAAACAGAGAGAUAAGGCGCCUAGCAUUUCCUGGGGGCAAGGGCUAAGCCUGCAAAACCUCGUAAGGCUAAGCUGGUGGUCCCAGGCCAGCGACCCGAGAGACAAGGUCUUCGCGUUACUAGGAAUUGCCUGUCCAGAUCCACAGGGCCAGCGGAUUACCGUAGAUUACAAGAUGUCCACAGUGGACGUGUUUGUUCAGUUCGGUCACGUAUUCAUGCAGGGCUCAACAGACCGCAUCCUGGACUUAUACGCUGGCGACUACUAUGUUUUUGAGCCCCUGGAGGGGCUUUCCUAUGUUCAGGAUGCCCCAGACCCUCAUCCCAGAUUCCAGGACUACAAAUCGCAACUUCCAUCGUGGACCCCGAACUUCAGCGCACAUCCAGCAACAUGCCGCAUCUGGUCCCAGAGAUUCAGCGCAGCCUCAGAUAUAUCCAACAGCUCACCAAUUCUUCCCCACUCGGACCCCAGAGUCUUGUGUGUCACUGGGCAUAUGGUCGACGAUAUUGUAGCAACGGUGCCGAAGCUAGGCAAGGGUGAUGCACACGAACCUGAGAUACUGGCCUGGUUGGAAUUGAUACAGCCCUUGAAUCCGAACUACCUGGGAGGGGGCAGCUGUGUGGACGCUCUGUGGCAAACGUUAACCGUUGGUAAAGAAAGCGAGAAUAAAAAGGCCACCCGUAAGGACUUCCGAAGAUUUCUGGCAGGGAAACUCUAUCAGUCUCCGAUGAAUCCUCGAUUACAAAAGGUACUCACGCCACUGCGCAAGUCUCGCGCACGGGAAACUUUGCCAUCAUAUCAGGAGCUCCUCGUAGAAGAGCAGGAGCUUGAUAAACUAAAGAAGCGCCUCCUGGUAAUACUGGAGGGGCGACAGAAGACAGUAGAGGGGGACCAGGAAAAAGAGCAGAGGCUCAUGAAACUAGUGCAGGAGGUCCAGGAACAAGGGCGUAGUGUUCAGGAACAAAGGAAGUGGCUCCGUAAAAGAGUGCAGGAGAGCUUGGAACUAGUCCAGGGGCUCCAGGAACGAUGGCAGGGGCCAGUAGAGCUGGAGCUGGAACUAGCGCAGGAGCACCUGAAACUACUGGCGGAGGGGCUGCAAGUCAGGGCCGUUAACUUUCGUCCGCUAGGGAGUUUUAGCACUCUGUUGAAGUGGUAUUAUAGGUCCAGAUGCUUGUUCCGAACCAGGCAGGGCUAUAUUGGUCUCGGGCCUGCGGGUGUACAACCCGGAGAUGAAGUCUGGCUGUUUGCUACUGCACGGACACCUUUUGUUCUCCGUCAACCAUCGCAAGGGUCGCUGGGAAGGCAGACUAGAAGUUCGACUUCCUCAACACCGGAAGGUGAAUUCCGGACAUUCAUCGGAGAGACUUACGUUCAUGGAAUUAUGAAUGGGGAAGCGAUGCGUGAAGGUGACUUUCGCCCGGUGUUACUAGUAUAA